GCGAAUGAGUGGAAGUGGAUCUGAAAUGUGCAAUGGUCGGACAUUUUGUUUUAUUACGAAGGUUGUAAUUUAUUUGUGAUACUUUGUUUUAAAGUACAAAAACAAUGGGUACACCAAAACAGGAUAGUGCUACCGUUUCGAAUUCAGUGAAAAAACCGUACGGUAAAAUAGUUUUAACUCUGAAGAACUGUUUAUUACCCGACGAGAAACUCGUGCCAACCCCCUCUCAGUUGGAUGGACUUGAUGCUGAAACAGAAACUGAUUUGAGGAUAUUAGGCUGUGAAUUAAUCCAGACAGCGGGGAUUUUGCUCAAACUACCUCAAGUAGCAAUGGCUACAGGACAAGUUCUGUUUCAACGAUUUUAUUAUUCAACUUCUUUUGUACGCCAUGCAAUGGAAACUACUGCUAUGGGCUGCAUUUGCCUAGCAUCCAAAAUAGAGGAAGCUCCAAGGAGAAUACGUGAUGUGAUUAAUGUAUUCCAUCACAUCAAACAAGUAAAGGGGCAGAAGACUAUCCAGCCAAUGAUACUGGACCAGAAUUAUAUAGCUCUCAAAACUCAGGUCAUUAAGGCAGAAAGGAGAGUGUUAAAAGAGCUUGGUUUCUGUGUUCAUGUAAAACAUCCUCACAAGUUAAUAGUAAUGUACCUGCAAGUUCUGUGCUUCGAAAAACACCAAACUCUCAUGCAGUUGGCAUGGAAUUACAUGAAUGAUUCUUUGCGGACUGAUGUCUUUGUACGGUAUCAGCCAGAGACAGUUGCUUGUGCUUGCAUUUACCUAACAUCCCGUCGACUAGGUAUUCCACUUCCAAAAUCCCCAGCCUGGUACAGCCUGUUCCGUGUUGAAGAAAAAGACAUUCAAGAUGUGUGUAUGCGCAUUUUACGCCUCUAUGCCCGCAAGAAGCCAAAUUCUGAAGAGUUGGAGAGGCGUGUGGAGGAGCUUAGGAAACAGUACCAAGAAGCGCGAUUAAAAGCUCGAGGUACAAAUAGUACAGGUACUGGAGGUGGUGCAGGGAGCAAUAGCCCUGGCUCACCUUCACGAGCUCGACAUACUUCUCCACGAUGGGGUGGCUUUAUCAGCCGAAAUAAUCACAACUCUGAAAAACACAGGAGUCGAAGUAGAACAAGAUCUCCAAGCCAUAGCCCACCACCUUCAAAGCACAGCAAAAAGUCCAAAAAAACAAGCCGCAGUAAUCACAGUUCAGACAAACACAGGAGCAGAAGCCGUACGAGAUCUCCCAGUCAUUCACCGCCACCAGUGAAACAUAAAAAGUCAAAAGCCAGCAGGACACGAUCUCUGUCUCGAUCAAGAUCUCGGUCUCGGUCGCGUUCCCAUGAGAGGAAGAAUCGUAAGUGGACAAAAAGUCGGCGCAGCUACUCUCGUUCUCCAAGUCUUUCACCACACAAGUCACGAAAAGCAACCAGGGAGAAGACGAGACAUCGUUCACGUUCUCGAAGCCAUGAAAGUCGCCGUGGUGAAAAUUAUGACAGGUAUUAUUCUAGUGGAAAAUCACGCAGUAGACAUUCAUCGCGUGGUGUUGAAGAUCGGCCAAAGGAGCGUCGAUAGCAAAGACAAUGUGCACAGUUGUCUGAUACUUGACUGCCUAUUUAUGGACACUAUGAAGUGCGACGUGAUACUUUUUUUAAUAUUUUGUGUGAAAAUUGUAAAUUUCUUGUACAUUAAAAUUUAUAUUUAUAGUAA